UUCUCUGCUGCUUUUUUAUUCGUGUAGAAGGAAAAAAAACGCGUCGUGUUGCACUUAAUUGUGAUUUUUUUUAAACUAAGAAAAAUAGUGUCAAAACUUAUUGAAAAUUAUAAAAAAUUCAAAGAAUUAUUAAUAUACCCAUCAAAGUUUCAAACGUUAACAAAAUUAUCCCUUAAAUCUAUUUAAUUAAUUGGAAAAAUUGUAAUUAAAAAUCACAACGAAAGUGGGACAAACAACUACACACAAUGUAGACGAUGUUAAAAAAUGAAGGAAAACAUGAAAUAAGAAAAAAAAACGGGUAGUAGUAGAAGAAAAGAAAAAAAGAAGUCAUAAAUUUUGCUUUCAAAGAAACGUGUGUUUGUGAAAAUUAAAAAAAAAACUAAACUAACAUAAAAACAAAAAUUCUAAAUUGUUGGUUUUACAAAAAUAAACGAAAUUGUUUUUAAAUAACAUUAAACAAUAAUAAAAUUGUAACAAGCUGAAAUAUUAAAAGCAAAUCUCCCCUUAUUUAGCCGCGUUUGCUUGUUUGUGCGCUCUCGUGUAUUUUAUUUUUUUUAUAACAUACGGUCGUUGUGUUUCGUCGUUUUCAACAUCGUCAAUUUUGCUUUGGCUUUUCUAUGCCUACAAAAAAGUUUUAUGCAAAGAAUAGUGUAUAUUUUUUUUAAGUUAAAUUAAAUAAAAAAAGUAUAUUUUUCUAUAAAUUUUAUUAAAUUAUAAUAACAAUUAGCUGUGAAACAAUAAGUGUGGGAAUUUCUAUUAUGGUUGGACAGAAAAAAAUGGUCUUAUAAUGGCUGAUACUUUUUCUACAUGUUUGCUGCUCUAGUGAAUAUUUUCCAACUACUAUUACAACUUUGAAGCAGACCAGUAGUCGAAAUAGCCAACACAACGAACAAUUCAACAAACAUGAUAAGUUUACGAGAAUAAAACUAAGGUUCUUUGGUUUGGAGAAUUUGGCCCACCCAGAAACCACAAACAAUAAUUUACCAAAUAAAAAUCUGAAAAAAAGGUUUUGCAAACAAACCAACACAACAACAACAAAAAUAUUAAAAAUAUUUAAAUAAAUCCAAAAUAAAAACUACAUCAUUAUAAGCAAUGAAUGUUACAAAUCGACGAAAAUCAACGGAUGCAGAUACACCAACAACACAAUCUACACAACAACAACAACAGCAGCAGCAACUUCAUCAUCAGCAGCUAUUAUCCUUUGUCAGUUGUCGUCAAGCGGCCACUGCAACAACAACAACUCGCAACAGACAAGAACAGCUUCAGCCCUAUCAGCAAAGAGUACAUGUGCUAGAGGAGGAUAACGACGAUCAAGAACAGGUGGUUACUUCAACAUCUAGUGAUUGUUUGUUACCCUUAGCGGCCGAGGGUGAAGGCGAAGAGGUAAACUUAGAAUUAGAGGCUUUGGUAACAUCACCGGCUCGCAUAACUAGCAGCACAAAUAAUUAUGAAAUAUUAACAUAUAAUUCCGAUUCAUUGUCGCUCGAAGAGAUGGUCAUGCCUUCAACAUCAGAUAAUUCCAGUUUGCACAGGGAAGGCGGUACAACAUCAGCAGCAGCAUCAUCUUUAAACCCUUUAACACAUCAUCUUAGUAUUAAUACCAGAAUUUUAAAGUCAAACAACGAUAUGGUAGCUAGAGAUACUACCCCAACCACAGUGGCUGAGCCGGGAGAGGGUGGUGGAGGUGGGGCUAUAGGGGUAGAUAGAGGUGGUGGUGGUGGCGCUUCUACCAGUAGUAAUACCACUGAUAAAAUUAUAUUAAAACUGCCUAAAACUUCAACGACGUCCACGACAGAAUCUCAACUUCCGAAAUCCCUUAUAGAGGAUGAUUUGCGUAAAGUGGAACCUUUGAAAAUUAAUCUGCACAAUACCCAUCAUACCUCCCACCACACGCCCAAGAUCACUAUUAAACCUAUAGUCAAGGAAACGUCCGCCGACAUACUCAUGUCGUCGGAAGAAUGUUCCUCUUCAGCGGAAGAUGAAAUGGUCAGCAAAUUGAAUGCCUCCGAACCACACAUUGUUCCGAAGCUAACAAUACGCGCUAAAAAUGAAGAACACUCAACCAUAGUACCAAAAUUAACCAUUAAAAUUAAUGAUUCCAAUAAUACCAGCUCCGAGGGACAUAGUACACAAGCGGCCGCUAAUACCCCACCUUUACCAAAGUUAACAAUUAAAACUGGACAAGAUGGUCACACUGAAUCAAUUAUAACAAAUAUUUCACCUGCUUCCUCAACCACCUCCUCUUCAUCAUCGUCCUUGGCUUCAUGCUCUUCAUCGUCGACAUCUACUAACUCCCAUGUGGCUACAAAUUCCAGUUCGUCCAACACCAUACCCAAGUUGACCAUUAAACCUUUGCAAAAAUCUCACGAGGCGGCAGAUAACAAUCAUCCCACUAUACCCAAGUUAUGCAUUAAAGGCAAUAUGAUUUGUGGUGAAGUUAAUGCUACCACAGACGAUGCUACCACCUCAAAAAUACCCAAGCUAACCAUUAAAACGGGUCAGGAACAUGCUGUCAUAAUAACACAACAUAAUGAUCAUACCAAUGCCGUGGGUGGCAUACCGAAAUUAACUAUUAAAACCAAGUCGCUGGAUUCAGUGGAAGAUUCCAAUAACUCUAAUGCGGAGUGUUCAACUAAUGAAAAAAUACCCAAAAUUACUAUUAAAACCAAUAGCCUAGACUCGCCCAAUAUUGUGGCAUCAAAAAGAAAAUCACAAUUGGAAACCAACAACAGUCCCCUAUCACCCAAACAAGCAGUGCCUAAAUUGACCAUAACGCGUCAACAAAAUGAUAUGGUUGUUACCAACAAACAUACAAUAAACACCGAGGAUGAGUGUACAACCGGGUCUAUACCGAAAAUGACAAUCAAAACUCAAAGUAAAAUUGAAAGUGUGCCUAAAUUAACCAUAAAAAAUAUAAGCAGUCAACAGCAAAGGCCACCCUCAACCGAGGAAAGUGGCCUAGAAAGUGAGGCAGAAGAUGAGGGAAGAGUUAAAGCUCAAACCUGUAAGACAGUGCCGAAAUUAACCAUUAAGAACCUGGGUUCACCACAACAAAAACUGACUGUUGUACAGGAAACACCGACAGUGGUGGAGAAUAAAACUAAUGCUGCUGCUGCGAGUGCACCGCCCGUAGUGACAGAGAUAAUUAAUGCCAAUAUAUUAGUUUCUUCGCCCGCAGACACGGAUGAGUUUGCCGAUUUAUUAACGGUAGAUAAUGCUGGAGAAUCUAGUAACUCUCAAGGUUUUUGUGGUUUCAAUGACAAUACCGCCGAUUCUGCUGCAAAAGUUGUACUUAUAACAGCCGAUAAUAAUAUGGCGGUGCAGGAAACUGAUCCCGAAAUACGUCGCAAUUCAGAUGAUAUGGAUAUCGAUGAAGACCUGCAGACUGAUCAUGAACCACAAAUCUUUCAAAAUGAUAUACAUUUCAAAGAUCAUACCCAAGACGUACCAGAGAUAUUAAAUGGCAAAAUGCAUCAUCCAAAGCUAACACAAAUUAUUGAUACAGUAGACUUGACCUCUUCACCAUCGCGCAGUUGUUCCCCAGCCCAAUUUGAUUAUAAUGAUGAUAGUAAUUCUGUAGCAGCGCCAGUCAAUAACAUGGCAAUACCUAGCACCAAUAUACUCUUGGAGAGAUUGCAAAGAGAGACUACUGUCAUACAAAAUACUCAACAAUUAAAACAGCAAUUGCAGCAGCAAACGGAAUGCAACGUCGCUAUUCCUCCUCCCUUGCAGCCAAAACCUAAUGCCAUACAAACAUCAGCGCCUGCUUCUUUGAAAUAUCCCCAAUUGGCUGAACGUUUAAUGGCGAAUGGUACUAGUCCCAAUAAUGGCAGCAACACCAACAAUAAUAACAUUUCACACAGUCUGCCUAUUCAAACGCCCCUCAAUUCCAAAGAGGAGAAUAUUAUAGAUUCCAUAGAGAUACUAGAUACACCUGAAGGUAGUCCGCGUAAUUCUCUAGAUGAGUGUCCACAAAGUUUGCAACUUAUCACAAACAACGCUCCUAGCAAUCUGCCUAAUGGUCUUCACUAUCCCAAGGAUAGCGAUAUAUUAGCCCUUAAUAAUAACAAUUCCAAUUUAAAGCGUCAUUUGGCCGGCCAAACGAAUCAAGCAAAUCAUUUAGCGGAGAAUAACAUGGGUGAUUUAGCAAUACCGCCUUCCAACAAACAGAGAAGGCUAAAUAAUGAUGCUCUUAAUACCAAAAACUCCCAACUGAUUGUAAAUAAUAAUAAUGAUUUAAUAAAUCAAAAAGUAUUAACAAAUUCUCUAGAGGAAUUGAAUAAGACCACAACUACAGCUGCUGCUGCUGCUGCAGUGACUCAACCAAAUGAUUUUAAUUGUUUGAAACAAACCACCACGACGACACUAACAAGUCAUCAGAGGGCGCGUAAACAAAAACAUGAACAUCUUCUACCCAUAGCCAUGGAAGAAGUGAUUGAUGCGGCUCAAAACAAUUCGAAUGAUAGUUUUGAAUUGUCGGCGGAAACUAAUAGCAAUGAACAAGCUAAUGAGAAUGCUACUCCCUUCCAAAAGAGACGAGGUAGGCCAAAGAAAUCUAACCUCAAUGUUAACAACCUUAAUAAUGAGCAUAACAACGCCUUAACGCCACAAAUAACCACUCCUGCCCCUAGAGAAGAAACUCCACAAACAGAUUCCAAAUCUAGACGGGUGCAAUUGUUGCGUAAACGUUUAGCCAUUGAUAUGGUGGAUGCUGAUGAACCUUUACGUGUUCUCGAUGAACUAGAAUCAUCGGUCAAUAUGAUGUCGGCGGCAGGUGAUGAAGAUAAAAGUGAAAACCAUGAAAUGGAAACACAAAAAAGGCUUAGAACCCCACUACGCGCUUCGAGACGUAGUAAUACACCCACGGUGUUACAAAUGGAAACUAAGACAAAACAGCGAGCCCCUUCUUCACUAGCCAUGGAUAAUAAUAAUAAAAAGUCCAGCAACUCACUACUUAAGCAGAACAAUGAAAAUGUUCUUAAUAAUUUUCUAGAAUCUAAUUCCUCCAUUUCCUCUUCGGCCUGUUCGAAUAGCUCGACAACCUUAACAUCAACGGUAGCAUCGAUAACUGCCACACACUCCCUCUCCAUGGCCACACAAAUUGAUUUGACCAUGUCCUCUUCUUCGAGCAAUAGUAACGGCAGUACUACCAAUACCAUAACUACCGUAGAGGCUAAUGUCAUGAGCAAUGCUAUGCCGGCACUAGUGGUAGGCAGUUCAGCUAAUGCGGUCUGUAGUGGUGGUGGUGGUGGCAGUGGUGUUGUAGUUGGUAGUGGCGGCGGUGGUGGCAGCAGUAAUAAUUCUAUGUUACCACCCACUACCAUACUGUCCUCAUCAGAUCCCCUACCCGAUGUUGUAUUUAAACCUAAUGAUUUCUCCUCCAUAUUGGCGACACAACAAUUGCGCGCCCCCAUGUUCAGUACAGCGGCGGAGAGUGUGCAAAAUGAGUCGCAAGAUGAGGAUAUGGCCGAUGAUGUUAGUGGUCCAGAUAAUUCGGGAGAUGACUCAGCAAGUUCUUCCUCAAUGUCAACAACACCUGGAAGAGGUCGUGGACGGGGUAGAGCUUCACGGGGUGGUCGAGGCCGGGGUUAUAAGGCGCAUCGUUUGGGACGUAAUGCUAGUGCUGUCUCGAAAGCUAUAGCCAUGAAUCGGCCACGCUGUGUGGGCGCCCUUAAGCAUACACCAGAUCCAGACCGUAUUAAAGGCCUUUAUAGUCCCUCGCCCUCGGUAUUUGAAGAAGACACCCGUAUGAGUGCGGAUUUAACACAAAACACUACUCAACCAGAACCUCCCCAAACUCCUACAAGACAACAACCCGAUUUCUUAAAUAAUGAAGAAUCCCAGUCAUCGAUUAUAAGCAACACAAGUAUUUUGGAUCCCAACAAUGUGGCAGCGCUACAAAAUGGUUCGGCAGUUAAAAAACCCAUGAAACGCAAGAAAAUGGAAGUUUGUGUAGCAGAAGAUGCCGAGUUAACGGUGGCCUCUAUAGCCGAGUAUGAUUGGCCACCACCUAAGGGCUGUUGUCCCUCGAAAAAUCGCGAUACUUUUAUGAUACAAGAACAGGUGGCCUUGUAUUUGGGUAUUAAAAGUUUUAAACGUAAAUAUCCCGACUUACCACGACGACAAAUCGAUAUGGAAGAACGUAAUUAUUUGCAAGAAAAAUCUUUGGUUUCUGAGAAAAUGUGUGAUCUAGGCAUAACCGCCGUUUGGGCCUCCGAUAUAUUGGAUAUUAUGUACACCGAUUUCUAUGAUAAAUAUGAAGAGUAUAAGGAUUUUGUAAGACAAAAACAUUUACGUGAAAUAGAGGCUAAACAGAAAUCGCUGGGUUUGAAUGUGGCGGGACGUGGCUUGCAGGCCCGGGAAAGAGCCAUGUUAUCGGCCAGCAAAUGGAAUGCCUAUUUCAAUAGAACCCGCAAAGAAGAACGUUUAACCUGUUUGGAUUUGCAAACCUUUACUGUUAACAAGCCUAGUCCGGCUGCAGCUCCUAUAGCUGCUAUACCCAACCGUCCGAUAGCCGAUGCUGUGGCGCGAGCCGCCAAAGCAGAGAAAAUACCCCAACCACCCACGUUAAUGAAAGAACGUGUUUGGGAACCUUUGAGACCUAGAGAAGCUUAUUAUCCCUUGUCUUUAGUGCCGGGUCAAUUCUGUGAAAAAUACUAUGACUAUUCACCACAGGAAUUAAGACAAUUUCCUCUUAAUACUGUGCUAGAGCCAGCCAGUCAUAUAUUACCACAAAAAGAAGAAACCACAGAUACCGAUUCAGCUGCAGAAACUAUUGAUUUUAUUGAAGGCGAUAAGACUUUAUCGAAUAUCAGUGCUUCAGAACGUCUUAGCAAACAAAGACAUAUACGUAGAAUACGUGCCAAACAUACACGUAAACUAAAUAAUGCUGAAUUUAAAGUACCACUUCUGCCAGGAGCAGUUUCAAAUAGUUCCACAGAAUCAUGUUCAUCCUCAUCUUCGGAUGAUUCUUCAAGUGAAUCGGAUUCUGAGACCUCCUCUUGUACGUCUUCAUCGUCAGAUGAUUCGAGUGAAGAUGAAAAUUCACCUGCCACCUGUGGUGUUUGUCAACAUCCACAAAAUCGUAAUCUCAAAGAUAUACCCGAAUUAUUUGUACAAUGUUAUACCUGCAGACGUAAAGUACAUCCCAGUUGCAUUGAAAUGCCCCACCGUAUGGCUAAUAGAGUACGCAACUAUAAUUGGCAGUGUGCCGAUUGUAAAUGUUGUAUUAAAUGUAAACGAAAACAUGAUCAAAAUAAAAUGCUUUUCUGUGAGCAGUGUGAUCGUGGUUUUCACAUUUAUUGUCUAACCAUUAAGGCAGUGCCUGAUGGCCGUUGGAGUUGUGAACGUUGUAGUAUUUGUAUGCGUUGCGGUGCCACCAAACCCGAAGGUUUACCGAUCAUCCAACCAAAUGGUGAAAAACUUAAAGUAAAGCAUAGAAAACUUAAAUGGAUCAAUGAAUAUCGCAUUGAUCAUGUUACGAAACUAAGAGAACAUUGUUCUAUGUUGUGUGUGCCCUGUGGGCGAGCUAAACAUGUUAAACGUGUACACAUAAAUACGCAUAAUAAUACAACAAAUACAUAUAUAACAUCACCGGGAUCGAGUAGCAGUGCUUUAAGUCCUAGCAGUCAGCCAGCGCAAUCACCAACAACAACAUCAUCAUCAACAGCAGCAGCAACUGCAACUACUACAGCAACAACAACAACACUACCACAAAUAUCACCAAAUGAUAAUGGUGGCAGCAGCAGUAGCACCACUACAACUACAGAAAAUUCGAAUGUUGUUACAACACAAAUGUCGAAUACUAAUACCAUCUUAACAAAUACCACCUCCAUAACCUCCUCCUCCUCGUCCUCGAACUCUAACCCAGCAGCAACUGCUAAAACGUUAGAAAGUAAAGAUUCCAUAAGUUUAACAAAUUCCACAACACCUCAAAAUAAUACUAAUGCCGGCAGCAGCAGUAGCACCAACACUACCACCAACUCACUACCUUCAAGUACUACUUCAUCAUCAUCUACCACAGCAACAGGGACUGCUACAACAACGACUACAACAACAGCUAGUGGUGGUGCUCCACCAGUGGUUGCCUGAGUAGGGGUUAUACGUUAUUGUCCGAAACAACAACCACCGCCUCCCUCUGCAGAUCUAACGAAUUUAUAGCAGUUGUAAAAUAGCAAUAAAAAACACACAUUAACAACAAAAUCCGUUAAAAAAGAGUAAAGAAAAAAGAGCAUUAAACUUAAAUAGGAAAUGGUAAGAUUUCAUAUCAAAUUGAUUUUUCUAUUUAGUAGUAGUUUUAAUUUCCUCCCCCCCCCUCCAUUUGUUAUAUUUUUUAUAUUUUCUCUUUAAUACAAAUUGUCCGUUUUAUAUCCCCUUCCCCUCUCCCUGUAAUAUUUAAGUUUAAUCUUUUUUGCAUUUAUAAUUUAUGUAAGAACAAAAGAAGGAUAAUAAUAUAACAUCAUCAUCAUCAUCAUCAAACAGUUCUUUUUUGUUGGAGAAAUUCUCUAUUGUAGAAAAAGUAUUUUCUUAUAUUAUUUUUAUUUUAUCAUUGUAAUUAAAAUAUUUUUUCUUUUUUUUUAAGUAGCAACAAAAUUAAGUUUAAAAUAAUAAUAAAAAAAAAUACAAAAAACGUAGCUUCUUACUACCCAAAACAACAUUUGUUAAUUACUUUUAAUUCUAUUGUGGGAAAAUUGUUUUUUUUAGGGAAAUGUGUUUUAAAAGGUAAUGAGAGUAAGAAAUUUGUAUUCUAUAACCUUCAAAUGGUUUUACACUCAGUUUAUUUAAAACUUUUAGUGCCUUUUCAUGAAUUCUUCAUAACUUCAUCUACCGCUUUUAGUGUAAAACUCUCAUUUCACUUAACACUUCUAUUCUGCUUUGUAAUCUCAAACUCCGGUAGGUUUUCAUAUCACAAUAGGGUUUCUGUCAAAAUUUGUUAAAAAGA